UACUUUUGAAACUCUCUUGGUUUCUCAAGUCACAUGACCGGGGUGCUUACCCCGGAGCCUGAUGGGAUUGAGCUGUGGCAACAACAGAGCAGUAGGCCUACUUACUAGUUUGACCUGACAUGGACUACUUGAAUGUGUUAUUCUGUGAUCGGUAUACCUGUGGUCGAGGUUUAUGAACUGCCAGACGUCCAUGCAGAGCUAUCGUAAUAAAUACAACACACCCUACAACCCUCGAACUCGGAGUAAAGUGUAGAUGUAAUCCGGUCAAACAGCAGUCACCAAGCCGAAGUGAUAGUUCACAGGAGUCAUGUCUAACAAAGAGGUGAAGUCAAUCUUGAAAAACGCCAGGGAGGCCAUAAAGAACAAGGAAUACAAGGAAGCCUUGAAACAUUGCAAAGCUGUUCUGAAGCUUGAGAAGAAUAACUACAAUGCCUGGGUGUUUAUCGGAGUGGCUGCGUCCGAGCUUGAGCAGCCUGAUCAGGCACAGGCUGCAUACAGGAAGGCUGUGGAGCUGGAGCCAGAGCAGCUACUGGCAUGGCAGGGUUUGACCAACCUGUAUGAAAAAAACAACCUACCAGGAUUCAAGGAAGAGCUACCCAGUGUGUACCAGAAACUGCUGGACCUGUAUGAAUGUUCCGACAGGGAAAAGUGGUACGAGGUGUGCAGGAAACUGGUGGACAUUUACCACCAGGAGAGGAGACACCUGGAGGUGGCAAGAAGCUGGUAUAAACUGAUCUCAGUAAAACAGGAAGAGGCGGGGAAUGAGGAGCUUCACCAGCUGUGGAAGCGGAUGGUCCAGCUGCUGGCAGACAGCCAGGAGGAUCAGGACAAUGAGACACAGCAGCUUUUGAUCACCGCUUUCGAAAAUGCCAUGAGUUCUGCAGGCAAGCUUCCAGGAGAAGACCAUCAAAGGCUUUCCACCGAAUACAUUAAAUGUUUAUCAAAACUGCCACAUGAAGAGGUGAAGAUGAAAGAUGCUUGUGAAUCAAUGCUGUCUUUGUAUCCUGCUUUAACGUUUCCUCUAGAGGUCCUCUGUAUGCACUUUAUACAGACAGGCUGCUGCAGUGGAGAAGCCGUCCAGUAUUUCUCAAAGCUGCUGGAGAUGGACUCUGUGAGCGGGCCGGGCCACAUCGGACUGGGGAUCAAAGCCUUUCAGGACAAGAAAUACCAAGAGGCUGCGGACAACCUUACUCAGGGACUUAAGCAAACAGGUUCCAGUAUACAAGCCUGGUAUCACUUGGCACAGACACAGCUGAAAAUGCACAGCUAUGAAGAGUGCAUUGUUUCGUGUAAGAAAGCUCUGAAACUCAGUGAAGGAGAGGUCCAGUGGACAAAGCUGCUUCUCAGAUUGAAAACCAAAGCGUUAGUGGGAAGCAGUGGAGCCAGUUGUGCCGAGGAGGCAAUGGACACCCUUGAUCAGCUGUCGGACACAGAUGAUGACCCUGAGCUGCUUGCUUUAAAGGGUAGUGUUUAUUUACAGAGGGGGCUGAUUGACCAAGCACUCCAGGUGGCCACUGAUCUUCUGACUUCCCACCCAAAUCAGCCAGAGGCACACGCUCUCAGGGGCCAUAUUCACAUCACCCAGGAAGACUAUGUCCGGGCAGAACAGAGUUUCCAGAAAGCAAUUGAAGCAAAUCCUACCUCGGGGGAGUAUUACUACUGCCUCGGACUGGUUUACUGGCACAUGGGAGAAGAGACCAGGAGAGACAAGACCAAAGCGCAUACCCAUCUACUCAAGGCAGCCAAGCUGGAUGCGUACCUAGGGGCAGUGUUCCGCUACCUGGGUCACUACUAUAGAGACAUUGUCCAGGACAAGGGCCGAGCCCGAGGCUGCUACAAGAAAGCCUUUGACCUGGACAGGAAUGAUGCAGAGUCUGGAGCCGCGGCCGUAGAUCUCAGCAUGGAACUGGGAGACAUGGAGUCUGCCCUGGCUAUCCUGAGAACAGUGACGGAGCAGGCAAGUGCAGGGACAGCAAAGUGGGCUUGGCUGAGGCGGGGUCUGUACAACCUGAAGAUGAACCAGCAUUCCCAGGCAAUCGCUGAUUUGCAAGCUGCUCUGAGGGCUGACCCAAAGGAUUCGAUCUGCUGGGAGUGUCUGGGAGAGGCCUACCUGAAUAGAAGAGGGUUCACCGCAGCUCUGAAGGCUUUCACCAAAGCAAACGAACUGAAUCCAGAAUCCAUUUACAGCAUCUUCCAGAUAGCAGCCAUCAAGCAAAUCCUGGGCAAAUACAAAGAGGCUGUCACUGAGUACAUGCAGACUAUCCAGAAGAGAGAUGACUAUGUCCCUGCACUAAAAGGUCUAGGCGAGUGCUAUCUUUCCAUGGCCCGAAGAGCACUUAAAGAUUAUCUGGAUGGAAGAGCUGUGGACUAUCUGGAACAAGCCAUCGAGUCCCUUUUCAGAGCUGUCCAGCACCGUCCAGACCUGUCCUGUCUGUGGAAGCUGCUUGGUGACGCCUGCACCACAGUACACACCGUAUCCCCCUCCAGAGGAAAUGUCACCGUUUGGGGCCCUCUUAGUCAGCGGAACCCAACCAGCCAAAAACAGACCUUGAACAAGUUUGAAGUCCUGAGCCUAGGAGGACGGUGCUAUGGCCGAGCUCUGAAACUUAUGCCAGAAUCUGCUAAUCUCUGGUGUGACCUUGGAAUAAACUAUUACCGUCAGGCACAGCAUCUCAUGUCAGAAGGGAAGGAGAACGAAACCCCUGAGCUACUGGAGAAAUCUUUACAGUGUCUCAGAAAAGCAGUGAUGCUGGACAGUAGGAAUCUUUUGUACUGGAAUGUGCUUGGAGUGGUUGCUCUGUGUAAAGGUAUUGAAAACCUGGCUCUUGCCCAACACUCAUUCAUCAAAUCGAUACAGGCUGAAGCAAACAAUGUAUCAGCUUGGACAAACCUAGGCAGUUUAUAUCUCAAGAAUGAAAAUAUUGAACUCGCUCAUGAAGCCUUUAAGGUAGCCCAGUCUCUGGAGCCUUCGUAUGUUAACUGCUGGAUCGGUCAGGCCCUUAUUGCAGAGGCGGUUGGCAGCUAUGAAACAAUGGAUCUGUUCAGGCACACCACAGAGCUUAGCAUCCAUACUGAAGGUGUGAAAGGUUAUGCCCACUGGGUGUGCUCCACGCUGCUUGAUAAAACAAACAGGAAUUCAGAGCUUUAUCUCUACAACAUUGUGCAGAUGAAUGCUAUUACUGCUGCUCAGGUUGCUUUGAGCAAAUACACAGAGAGAAUCCGCACAGAUGCAGCCGCUUUCACCAUGCUGGGGUACCUGAACGAGCACCUGCAUUUAAAAAAGCAGGCUGUGGAGGCCUACCAGAGGGCUGUUCAGUUGCUGCAGCCCACGGGAGGAAAGGAGGCGGUGAUCUUUGCUUUGAGAAACUACGGAAGGACUCUGUGCACCACAGGUCAAUACGAUCAGGCCAUCCAAGCCUACACAUCCACGCCAGUCACAGAGCUUAGUGACAUCACUGGACUUGCGCUGGCUUUCUUCAAGAAGGGUUUUUUACAGGAGAGUGCAAGAGCUUAUGAGAAAGCUUUGUCAGUGGUGACUACUGAAAAGGAGAAGGCUUACAUCCUGACCGCCCUGGCGUUGCUGGAGCACAGGCAGAACAAAGUGGACAGUGCCAAGACUCUGCUCUUUAAAUGCUCUAUGUUGAAGGAGCCCAGUGUAGAAAGCCUGCAGUCUCUGUGCGCACUGGGCCUGGUCAAUCGAGACGCUACCCUGGCUACCGCAGCCCUCAACGAGCUCCUGAAGCGUACAGACCAAAAAGAGGGGGUUCACGAGCGCUGUCUCCUCACGUGUGCCACGUUCGCCCUGCAGGGGAACAACGUGGCUGUCCAAAGACAGGCUUCCAAAGCCAUCCAUAGUAACCCUGGAGAUCCUGCACUUUGGGCUCUAUUAUCAAGAUUGGUUCCUCAGUACCACCCCAGAAUUGCUGAGGGUGGAGCAGUUGCUGGACGAGUGGCUUGCCAUUUUAGUAUGACCCAAGGAAAGAGUGCGCUCCUGUACAGUGGGGUAAACCAGCUGGCCGCAGGCAUGCACUCGGGAGAGGACCAGCGUAGUAACUCACUGAAGACCAUUCAGAGGGCAGCAUUACUGAGUCCAGAGGACCCUGGUGUGUGGGCUUCUUUAAUGGCUGCCUGUCACACUGAAAACACAGCGUGUUAUCUGAGCAGCGCAGCACCAAAAAGAGCAGGCUUGGAGGAAACAUUUAUGAAGGCAAUCUCAAAGAAGGUUAAAGCAGAGGAAAGUCUUCCUGUUUCCUACUCCCAGUGCCUUGAGAGCUGGGCUCUUCGACAGGCGCUGUCCGGGCUAAAGCAGGCAGGACAGACCUCAGCAGCAGAAUCCCUCUGCACCAAGGUUCUUGGUAUCCAGCCAGAGCAGCCCGAUGUGUUCUUGCUGCUCAGACAGGCACAGUGUGAGCAGCUCCUGCAGUCACACAGGCAGCUCCCUGAAGCUGUCCUGGUGGAGCUCAGGAAGGCUGUGAUGUCUAACUACACAUCUGUAUCUGCUUGGCAUUGGCUAGCAGAGGUGUACAGGACUCAGGGACUGAUGGUGGCUGCAGUGAUGUGCUACAGGCAGAGUCUGCAGAUGGCCUCCCAGCAGGGCGAUUUCAGUGGGAAGCUGGCCAGUCUGCUGAGGCUGGCUCUUCUGGCACUCGCACCCUGCAUGGCAAAUGUUUCAAGUAGUGAGUGGAAGGACAUGGUCCAGGAAGCAACCAGUGAAGCCCUGAAAAUCACAUUCUGUCCUCUGGCUGUCCUGCUACAGGCACUGCUGCAGUUCAGCAUUAAAAUGGGAGCCAGGGAAACUCGUCGACUGUUGGAAAGAGUUGUGUACCAGCCUGGAUACCCAGAGACAGUUGCUUCAGUUGCCCGCUGGUAUCUCCUCAGACAUCUACAUGCCAAACAUGAUGAUGAACUCAUUGAUGCACUGAUGGACCACGCCAGAGCUAAUGCAGAUUCCAGACUGGAGGAACUACAUAAGCAGCUUUGCUCUUCCUCUUAGUUUUAAAGCACCCUUUGGACAGCCUCUCUUGAGGGAAAACAAGUGUUGAUGUCAAUCGACAUGAUUUGUCUAGCCUUAUGUAAUAUGGCAUGCACUUGAAUUAAAAAACAGUUUUUGCUCUUCUUCAUAUUUAAUGUACAGCCAGUCCUGCAAUCCUGCAUAAAGUUUACAAUUCAAAUUACCAGAAGCCUAAAAUGGAAUUGUAGAAUUCUUUACAGUGUUUUCAGAGAUACACGAUUAUCCCUUGGGUUCAUGCCGCUCUGCAUUAAAAGUGAUUGCUAAUAGGGAAAAGGUUGGCUAGAGCUGUGUAAUUCCUCAACAAAUCACGUUCACUGCUGGGGUAAAGCAGCACCUGUUCAUAUGAUGAGAAUCCUGUCUGGAUUUCAUUUCUAUCAUAGUGUAUACAGUAAGUAUGUGGCUGUUGCAUGGGGCUUUCUUUCAGCAGUUAAAAUCUUCUUUUGGAAACAAUUGAUGAAACGGGGGUUCACUAGGUCUGCAAGGUAUAUAUCAGCAUGUGUAAAUACAUCUGUAUUGCACAUGUGUUGAUACAGAUGGCAACAUGAGCUUUGUGGAAAUGUUUGAGCUUUGAAAAGGAUGUCCUCAAUGUUUUAAAAUUGUCACUGUAUAUGAAUUCAUUGCCAAAACAAUAACCAGUUAAUAAAUCAAACAGGAUAAAUC